AUGGUUUAUGGGGCUACUCUAAGCGUCAUCGCACUUUUGGCCGCGAGGGGGGCGAUCGCCAGGGACUUUCCAAAUUGCCAAUCUGGACCUCUUGCUUCAAAUCAAGUAUGCAACACGACACUUGACCCAUGGUCUCGAGCAGCGGCGCUAGUAGCCCAAUUCAGCAGCAGCGAAAAAAUAUCCAAUUCAUGGGAUAACUCGCCAGGCGUCUCGCGCCUAGGUGUCCCAUCAUACGAAUGGUGGAAUGAGGCCCUCCACGGAGUCGCCCGCUCCCGCGGCGUCCAAUUCGCGAACUCGGGAAACUUCAGCUACGCGACGUCCUUCCCACAGCCCAUAACCAUGGGCGCCGCCUUCGACAUGCCGCUAAUCCGAUCCGUUGCCGAAACCACCAGUACCGAAGCGCGAGCCUUCAGUAACGCCGGGCGGUGCGGUCUGAACUUCUGGACGCCGAACAUAAACCCCUUCCGAGACCCGCGCUGGGGUCGGGGGCAGGAAGUACCGUCGGAAGACCCGUACCACUUAAGCCAGUACGUGAUGCAGCUGAUCCCUGGUCUCCAGGGCGGGUUGAGCGCAGACCCGUAUUAUAAGCUCGCGGCGACGUGUAAGCAUUACGCGGGCUACGAUAUGGAGAACUGGAAGGGAAACCGGAGAUAUGCAUUCGAUGCAAAGAUCAGCAGUCAGGACCUUCAAGAUUAUUACCUCCAGCCGUUCCGCGCAUGCAUCCGCGACGCUAACGCUCAGUCCGCAAUGUGCAGCUACAACGCCGUCAACGGCGUCCCAACAUGCGCCGACCCCUGGCUUCUCGAGGAUGUGCUACGCGGGCUAUACGGAUUCACUAGUGAAGACCGGUGGGUGACAGCCGAUUGUGACGCGCUGCAAAACGUAUGGACGGACCACCGGUACGGAUCCUCGGCCGCGGGCGCCGCAGCCGCAAGUCUAAACGCCGGAACCGAUCUCGAUUGCGGUCAGUUUUGGCCUCAAAACCUGCCCUCAGCAUAUAAUUCCAAGCUCUUCAACGACACGGUGCUAGACCGCUCGUUGAUCCGACGUUACGCAUCCAUGGUGCGACUCGGUUGGUUCGAUCCACCGGCCCAGCAGCCGUACCGCCAGAUAGGGUGGGACUCGGUCGCGAAACCCGAAGCUAAAGAACUGGCCCUUCGCGCUGCACAGGAGGGCAUAGUGCUGUUGAAGAAUAACGGCAGCGCGCUGCCUCUCGCGGGGACUAUUAAGAAAGUUGCCGUUAUCGGACCUCUGGGCACUGCUACCACGCAAAUGCAGGGGAACUACUAUGGUAUCGCGCAGAGCAUUUCGACGGUGGUUUCGGCGUUCAAGGCUGCGGGGUACGAUGUGACGAAUGUGCAAGGGUGCGCUAUUACGGGAUCGACGAAUUCGGGAUUCGCUGCGGCUGUGAGCGCGGCGAAGGCGGCGGAUGCCGUGGUGUUUGUUGGGGGCAUCGAUACGAGUAUUGAAGCGGAGGACCGCGACCGCGAGCAAAUUACUUGGCCCGGACAGCAGAUACCCCUGAUUAAACAGAUAGCGGCCGGGAAGGGCGCGAAGCCUUUUGCGGUGGUGCAGAUGGGAACUAUGAUCGAUAGCUCGGAGAUCGUCGCUGACGCGGGUGUCGAUUCGCUAUUGUGGGCAGGAUAUCCUGGACAAGAUGGCGGCGCGGCAGUGGUAAGUAUUUUGACUGGUGGAAAAGCGCCGGCCGGUAGAUUGCCUGUGACGCAGUACCCGGCCGAUUAUGUCAACCAAGUCCCAAUGACGAACAUGAAUUUACAGUCGGGUAGUGGGACCCCCGGCCGAACGUAUAAAUGGUACACCAAGGAGCCUGUGUUUCCAUUUGGCCACGGUCUGCACUAUACUGGCUUCAAUGUAUCAUUGCCCGCGGAUCUCCCUACUGCAUUCUCAACCGCAGACCUCACAUCGAAUAUUUCAUUCACGAAGACUGGACCUGUUGCCUCAGGCAACUAUCCCGACCUAGCGCCAUUCACUUCGAUUCCUGUAUCAGUGGUGAACACAGGAAACGUCACGUCCGAUUACGUCGUGCUAGCAUUCCUGAAGGGAGAGUACGGGCCUGCGCCGUAUCCGAUUAAGAGCCUAGUGGCGUUUGAUAGAAUCCACGACAUCAAACCGGGCGAGACUGGGACGUCGACAUUAGAUGUCACGCUAGGUGCGAUUUCGCGGAGUGACGCGGAGGGUGGUUUGGCGUUAUGGCCUGGGAAGUACACGCUGGUGCUGGAUAUUGAUGACCGUGCGGCGUGGGAUUUCGAGAUCACAGGAGAUCAAGUGGUUCUGGAGAAAUUGCCGCCUAAGAAGUGA